AUGUCGAGCGAAAAAAGUAGCGAUAAAAGGGGGAUGCUGUCCAGAGAAUCGAUAGAUAUUCCGAAGGAGGGCAAGUCCUUUGACAACUCAUACCGUAAGACGCUCAACAGAUUCAAUACACAACCUUCAACGUACGAUAAUGGUGGCAAUAUGAGUCCCCCAUCAGUAGCAGAUACAAACCCUCCAGUCAUACAUAACAAAUUAUUUGUUGAUCAAGUAAAGUUAAGGCUAGAUAAAUUGCAACCACACUCGCACCAUGGCCAGGGCCAAGGCCAUCAGCAAAACCAUAAUCAAAUUCACCAUAAUAACAGUCACUUGGCGUCAUCAUACACUCAGAAGAUAUCACCAGCGAUUUCAUCGAACUCUUCAUGCUCCGUGCUACUGAAACUCAAGAAUGAAGAGCUCAAACCUGUCAGGUCACACACGGAGUUGGCGGAAACCGCUAAUGGAGUUCGUAUGCUUGCACGGAAUCUAGCCAAGGCUACGAUACAGCUUGAUGUACGGGCGAUUAUGGUAGUUACCAAGGCGAGAGACAAUUCACUCAUAUAUCUUACUCGAGAAGUGGCAGAAUGGUUGUUGUGCAAGGAUAGAGAGAUUGUUGUAUAUGUGGAUAGCAAGUUGAGGAACCUGAAGAGAUUUGAUGCACCGGGUUUGAUGAAGACCAUUCCAAGAGCUCAAACUUGCUUGAAAUACUGGGAUAAGUCUUAUGCGCUUCGUAAUCCGGAGCAGUUCGAUUUGGUUGUUACGUUGGGAGGUGACGGUACCGUGUUAUAUGUUUCCAACUUGUUCCAGAGAGUUGUACCGCCAGUUUUAUCGUUUUCAUUGGGAUCGCUCGGGUUUUUGACCAACUUCAAGUUCGAUCAAUUUAGAGACAAGAUGAACUCAGCUGUGGAAUCUGGAGUGAGAGCAUAUCUUCGUAUGAGAUUCACAUGUAGAGUUCAUAAAGCAGAUGGCAAAUUAGUCUGCGAACAACAAGUUUUGAAUGAACUUGUGGUGGAUAGGGGCCCUAGCCCAUAUGUUACACAAUUGGAGCUUUACGGAGAUGGUUCAUUGUUGACCAUAGCACAGGCGGAUGGAUUAAUAAUAGCUACACCUACAGGCUCCACCGCUUACUCACUUUCCGCUGGUGGUUCGUUGGUACAUCCUGGUGUUAGUGCUAUCAGUGUGACGCCCAUCUGUCCGCAUACUUUAUCAUUCAGACCCAUUUUGUUACCAGACGGAAUGCUUUUGAAGGUAAAGGUACCUAAAUCUUCAAGGGCCACUGCUUGGGCGUCGUUUGAUGGUAAGGUGCGAACAGAAUUGAAGAAGGGUGACUAUGUUACUAUCCAAGCCAGUCCAUUCCCUUUUCCUACGGUGAUAUCAUCGAAAACCGACUAUAUUGACAGUGUGAGCAGAAAUUUGAACUGGAACGUUCGUGAAACUCAAAAACCUUUUGCAUCCUUGUUGAAUAAGUCACCACAUGCAAACGGAAGCCAUACUAAUGUAAGGGGGGAUAUAGGCGAAAUGUCUGGCAAUCUCCACAUAGAUGCAGACGGAGAUGGGUCUAGAGAUGACGAUGAGGACGAAGGUGAGAAUAGUGAAGGUGGCGACGGAUGUGAAGAUAACGAUGAAGAAGAUCAAUUUGACAUUGAUGAAACUGAUAAUGAUGAGAUGGAAUCUCUAGAAGAGGUUGAAGAAGAGGAGAAACGAACUUUGAGACAGCAGAUAAGGGAAAAUCUCGAAAUGCAGCCGGUUACCUCAUCUACUAGUAACACUACAUUCUCUACUUCAUCUACUUCGUCGUUCGAAGACGAAGAUCUGAGUCCUUACUUACCAGAGUCAGGAAAUGGAUUGAGUACACCACCCCUGCACCUUCCUAAUUUUAAUUUUGAGGAGAGAACAUGUUACGCACAUCCAAAUGCUAGGAUAUCGUUAAGAGAUUAG